UUCUAUCUCUCUCUCUCUCUCUCUACACCUACUUACAGAGAAGAAAUGGGGGCCAAAGGAGACUUUGUGGUGAAGGUGACAAGAACCGAAACAGUGGCAGCAGUGUUGCCAAUGCAGGACCAUUGGCUGCCAAUGUCGAACCUAGACUUGCUCUUGCCUCCAGUGGAUGUGGGUGUGUUCUUCUGUUAUAAAAAACCCAAAGACAACUCUUUAACGUUUGGAUCCAUGGUGGGUGUGCUUAAAAAAGCCAUGGCUCAGGCAUUGGUGUCCUACUACGCUUUCGCCGGAGAGGUUGUGCAGAACACUGUUGGUGAGCCAGAGCUUCUCUGCAACAACAAUGGCGUUGAAUUCGUUGAAGCCUUUGCAGAGGUAGAGCUAAGAGACCUCAACUUGCACAAUCCUGAUGAGAGCAUUGAGGGCAAGUUGAUGCCUAAGAAGAAGCAUGGGGUGCUCUCUGUCCAGGCAACGGAGCUCAAAUGCGGUGGACUUGUGGUGGCGUGCACCUUUGACCAUCGAGUGGCAGAUGCCUACUCCGCCAACAUGUUUCUAGUAUCAUGGGCGGAGAUGGCUCAGUCCAAACCACUAUCUCAGUUGCCAUCAUACCGACGAUCAUUGCUCAACCCUCGACGUCCUGGGUUCUACCAUCCCUCCAUCGACGAUUUGUACGUGCCCGUCUGUGCUCUACCACCACCAACAGAUCCCCAACCUGACACCAAUGAUAAUCAACUGGUAAGCCGCAUCUAUUACAUUGAGGCCAACCAUCUCUGCAGCCUCCAAUCUCUGGCCAACGGGGGUAAUAAUGGCACUACCAUUGGAAUGGGACGCAAGAGAUCAAAGCUCGAGGCGUUCAGUGCCUUCCUUUGGAAACUGGUCGCUGCCGCCGGUGAAGAAAACAAGGUGUGCAGGAUGGGCAUUGUAGUUGAUGGGAGGACAAGGUUGCAAGUCGGAGAUCGGAAAACCACUCAAAUGGACUCAUACUUCGGGAACGUGGUUUCAAUCCCAUUUGGAGAGAAGAAUUCAGAGGAGUUAACGGAGAGGCCGUUGAGCUGGGUGGCGGAUUCAGUUCACGAGUUCUUGGAUACUGCAGUGACUGAGGAUCAUUUCCAAGGGCUGAUAGACUGGGUGGAGGCUCAUCGUCCGCAACCGUUAUUGGCUAAGAUAUACGCCGGUGGAGGAGAGGAAGGGCCUGCGUUUGUGGUGUCAUCGGGGCAGCGGUUUCCGGUGGAGAAGGUGGAUUUGGGGUGGGGUAAGCCCGCAUUUGGGUCAUACCAUUUCCCGUGGGGAGGAAGAGCUGGGUAUGUGAUGCCAAUGCCUAGUCCGUUGGAUAACGGGGACUGGAUUGUGUACAUGCACCUUCUCCAACGGCAGUUGGACUUGGUGGAGGCCAAGGCCGGUCAUGUGUUUAGGGCCUUGACUUCCGAUUACAUUAAACUAAUUUGAGAUGUAAUAUUAAUUUCUACCAUAAUUAAACAGAAAAUGUUAUGCUUACCGAAAAAGUUUUAUCAAAUCUUUUAUACUAAAUGAU